ACAGUAAAUAUUCUCAUAGCUUUUGUCCUUUUUUCUCUUUGAUUGAACUCAUAAAAUUCCAACGUAUAGAUUUAUGUUAUCGGGUGCUUACCGUCCCAAAAAUUUCUUUUCCGAAGAAUAAUUUAUUGUUUCUGGUUGUCGUCGUUGACGCGGUCAUUUGUUUACUCUCUUUUUCUACGUCAACCCCUUUUUGGGGUUUUACCUCUUUCUCUUCUAAUCUUCCAAAUAUCUUUGUUCUUUUUCUUCGUUUUUCCAAAUUUAUUUAUUAUCAUUUUUGCUCUUUCUGGAAACCCAUAUCCAAAGAAGUUAAGGGGUUUUGAAUACAGUGAAGUACUAUUACAGUGUGGAGUAAAAAUGAUGUUUUGGAGAUUGGUUGUGUUGCUGAUUAUGUUGAUCUUGAUUUCCUUGGAACAAUCUAAUGCACGCCCUUUAGAUAAUCAGGUAGCUCCAUCACCAAGCUCCGUUGCUGCAGCUAACGCGAAUUUAGGUACUAAUCAAGUCCCUGCAGUUCAGCCAACGGCAUCUUUUGGUAGUGGUACUUGUGCCGGAGCAUCUAGUAAGUGUCAGGAUGAUCAUGUUAGUAUGAUUGCCUGCGUUUUUCCUGCCCAGAAAGGACAUGAAGAAUCAUUUCUUUUCGUUCACAACACUGGUGAGAACACUCUGAUGUUGAAGGUCAAUGUUUCAUCUGCAAACAAAACUUCUGAGAAUAUUCAGAUACCAAGACAUGGUGUCAAGCAGAUUAUUAUCCCAUCCAAACUUGGAGUGAGUUCGUCAAUUACGCUAGACGCUGGAACUGGGAAAUGUACUAUUGAUAUUGGACGUUCAAUAUGGCAAGGCUACUUUAACAUGCCAUCGUAUACCAUGUAUGUGACCCCAACAUAUGGGGUGUACUUGCUAGGUACGACUGCUCUUCUCAUAGGAGGAAUAAUUGUCUGCUGCAAGUUAAGAAAACAGGAUCGACAUGUUGAUGGUGUUGCAUAUCAGGAACUUGAACUGGGACAACCCAAACCUCAUUCUUCCACUAAGUUAGAAAUUUCCGCUGAAGGGUGGAACGAGAGUUGGGACGAUGACUGGGAUGACGAGAAGGAAGUGAAAUCACCGGGUGGAAAAACCAUAUCAUAAAACUAGCCAGUGGUUGACCAUUCUGAUCUGAGUUUAACAUAGAGACCGAGAUAGCAGGUACUCCAUGGAAUUAGCUGAGAUGCAUGCCAGCUAGUCCACACUUCAAAAAAAAAAAAAAAAAAAAGACAGAUUUUGUCCAUUUU